AUGCAAAUUCGAAGUGUUACACUUGUUACUAUAGCUUUCUUUCUGGGCAUUGCUGCAUUGAUUUUGCAUUUAUUGGCUUUAUGUUCACCACAUUGGAAAAUAACAAAGCGAGAUGUCGAACCGGUAAUGAGUCCAGUUAGUUAUGGUCUUUGGCAAAGAUGUGAAUAUUCAAAUCUGACAAUAAUAAAACAAGGUUUAGCACUUGGUGUUCAACCAAAUGUUCAAAUAUGUCGACCAAAUCUAUAUAUGAGAUAUACACCAAAUGAAUUUAAUUUAUGUUAUAACAUUCGUCGAUAUUGUCCAGUUCUUCAAGUCGAUCAAAUACCUGAAGGGUGUUCAUGUCGCUAUCUACCAUCAACUAAAGCUUUACAAUGGUUAACAGUUUCAGCAGCUGUAUUUCUUAUUAUUGGCUUGUUAUUACUUUAUUUAAAUAAUAUAGCACAACCACAAAAUGAAAGUGCAAUACUUUUAGUACGUUAUGCACCAUUUGUUUGUUUUUUAGCAGCAUUCGUUUUAUUAGUAAUAGGAUUGAUCCUGUUUCGAGCAUUUCUUCGACGUGAUACAUAUGAAGAUUUUUCAUUUCCGAUAAGAAAUUUAACAGGUGAUACUCAAGGAAUUCAAGCUUUUGAUUUACAUAGUCUUCGUAAUUAUGCUAAAUAUUAUGAAGAAACUUUCAGUCGUGAACAAUAUAAAAAGGCUGAAGAAGAAUUACGCGAAGAUGCCAACACACAUUAUCAUACAAUAAUUGGACGAGCGACUAUUUAUGAAAUAAUUGCAACAAUAUUAACUUUUAUUGUUACAGCAGUAACUUUUUUGUUUGCUACAUCAUCAAGAGCAGAAAAUCUUUAA